AUCAAUUGAAUAAUCAAAACAUUCAAAUACAAUGAGUGCUCGCAGUCGACCAAGCAGCGCAACUUCACGCACUGCAUGGACCAGUGGCAUAGACAACCCCGCUGGCCCAAGCAGCCGACCAGAAUCUCGUCAAAGCAACUUCGGAGGGAGCUAUGGAGGAGAUGGAUUCCGCCAAGAGGCUGACCUGAAUGCAGCCAUGGGGAGUGAAUUGGAUGUAGUUGAGGAACCUAUUGAAACCCGUCCCAUCAAGAACGAGGAGCCAGGGUGCAUAUCCCGUUUCUCAAACGGGGUUAGAUCACUGUGGGCCACGCGUGAUACGGAAGAUACGAAUGGAGAUCCUGAGAAGCAUGUUAAGACGACACUUAGGGAGCUUGUUGUCUACUUUGUAUUCUUGAUCAUACUGUGUAUUAUGACCUUCGGAAUGACAAGUACGACGAUGUAUUACUACACCAAGGUAAUGAGCGAACUAUUUCUGGAUGCCCAAUUCCCGGACACCAAGAACACUUUCCGUGGCAUGACAACCAUGAUGGACUUCUGGAGAUUUGUUGAGACAUCUCUGAUGGAUGGACUGUAUUGGGAGACAUGGUAUAAUGACCGCAAUGCUACAGACUCUGAGCUUGGUUAUAUUUUCUAUGAGAAUAAACUCCUUGGAAUUCCCCGUCUCAGACAACUCAAGGUUCUGAACGAUUCCUGCGUUGUACACGAAGACUUCAAGAAAGAUAUCACUCAGUGUUAUGACAACUAUGCUGAGAGUAUUGAAGAUAAGAACCCAUUUGGCAGGAUGAAUGGCUCUGCAUGGACCUAUAAUACUGAAGCUGAACUAGAUGGUUCAGGUCACACUGGUCUCAUAGAGACCUAUGGAGGUGGUGGUUUCAUUGCGAACUUGGCACGGAACAAAGCAGACUCUUUGGAAAUUCUGGAGGAUCUGAGGGAGAACCUUUGGUUGGAUCGUGGUACCAGAGCUGUGUUCAUAGACUUCACUGUCUAUAAUGCCAACAUUAACCUGUUCUGCGUCGUUCGCCUCGUCGUUGAAUUCCCUCCCACAGGAGGUGCCAUCCCACAAUCCAGUUUCAGAACAGUCAAAUUGAUCCGAUAUGUCUCUGUCUCAGAUUUCUUUGUGUUGGCCUGUGAAUGCAUCUUUGCUCUGUUCAUUCUGUACUACAGCAUUGAGGAGAUUAUUGAGAUCAAGCGACACAGACUGUCUUACUUCAAGAAGGUCUGGAACAUCCUGGACAUCCUUGUCAUCUUCAUCUCCAUUGUGUGCAUCGCAUUCAACGUCUACAGGACCCUUGCUGUUGGAAAUAUGCUUUCUUCCCUGCUUGACUCACCUGAUAAGUUCCCAGACUUCGAGUUCUUGAGUUACUGGCAAGUGCAGUUCAACAGCGCUGUUGCCAUCGGUGUCUUCUUGGCCUGGAUCAAGGUGUUCAAAUACAUCAGCUUCAACAAGACAAUGACCCAGCUCUCCUCCACCCUGGCUCGAUGCAGCAAGGACCUGGCCGGAUUCGCCAUCAUGUUCUUCAUUGUCUUCUUCGCUUUCGCUCAGCUUGGUUACCUUCUCUUUGGUACUCAGGUCGGAGAUUUCAGCUCCUUCGGAAAUGCCAUCUUCACUUUGUUCCGUAUCAUCCUUGGUGACUUCAACUUUCAUGAGCUGGAAAAUGCCCACCGUAUCCUUGGACCCGCCUACUUCCUCUUGUACGUGUUCUUCGUGUUCUUUGUUCUCUUGAAUAUGUUCUUGGCCAUCAUUAAUGACACCUACUCCGAAGUGAAAGCUGACAUCGCCAAUCAGAAGAACGAGUUUGAAAUGGGUGAUUAUCUCAAGAAAGGCUAUUCCAAGAUGAUGGACAAACUCAGCUUCAAGCGUGACAAGAUCAUUGACAUCCAGAGAGCCCUCGUCACAGCUGACAUCAACAAUGACAAACAAUUGGACUUUGAUGAAUGGCGUCAGGAUCUCAAGACUCGUGGUUAUGCCGAUGCUGAAAUUGAGGCUGUGUUUGCGAAAUAUGAUCUGGAUGGAGACAGAGUUCUCGAUGAAGCGGAGCAGAGGAAAAUGCAGGCAGAUCUGGAAGGACAAAAGGAGCAACUGGACAAGGAAUUUGAAGAACUGGAAGAAAAAACACAAAACAAACGCCAGGAUGGUGCAAGGGACGGUGGAGUCAGCUUUGGCGAGGACAGCGGUGAAGAUUCAGAUGAUGAAGAAAGUGGCACUAAAUCAUCCCGAAGGGGACGUGUGGUCAACGGUGUAUCAUACGAAGAAUUCACAGUCCUGUCCAGGCGGGUGGACAGAAUGGAACACAGUAUAGGCAGCAUAGUCUCAAAAAUAGACGCUGUCUUAAUCAAGCUAGAAGCUAUGGAAAGAGCAAAAUUAAAAAGAAAAGACACAAUGGGAAAAAUAUUAGAUAGUAUAACGGAGGCGGAUGGUUACACAGAUGAGGCAAAAAGAGACCAAAUGGAAAAACUAGUUCGAGAAGAACUUGAAAGAUGGGAUAGUGAGCCAGCUUUAGGUGGGGGUCCUAGGGGAACGUCACCCACAGGCAGCAAUGGCCAGGGGAGUGGCACUAGUAGGGCAAGAAGCGCCAGACCAAGUUCUGGCAAUCAGAAUGUUUAAGACUGGACAUAUUGGAGAGAAUAAACAACAGUAACAUAUAACUGCAGAUAUAAUAGCCAAUUACAGGAAAAGACACUAUAACACUAGACUAUAGAAAAAAACUGUUUAAAAA